AUUUUAUUUUAUUUUUAGGGCAUAGUAAAUUAUAUUUCAAUUAGGGACAUGAUUUGUAAAAUAUUUCGUAUUUUAUAUUUACUACACCAUCGUUUCGAUGUAAUUAGUGAAUAAAAUUUUAGGAACAUGUCAUUGCUUUGUUUUAAGAGCAGGAAGUUUACGCUAAAAAGUGCGACUGCGCACUGGCCAAAUUAGUAGUGUGAAAGAAAAUGGCGAUCAGCGAAAGGCGUCCGGAGUUAACGUGAUGAAAAACAUUGUAAAAGCUCAAUUACAUAGUGUUAUAGUUAAUAAAUGUGUCAGAUGUAGAUUAUUUAAGUGUUAAUGAAUAGUGAUUGUGUAUAAAAAAUGGCUGCGAAUAUGUACAGAGUCGGCGACUGCGUCUAUUUCGAGACGUCGUCGACGUCUCCGUACCAAAUCCGGCGGAUAGAAGAACUGAACAAGACGGCAUCAGGCAAUGUAGAAGCAAAAGUCAUGUGUUUCUACCGGCGGCGGGACCUGCCGAACCCGCUCAUACAAUUAGCUGAUAAGCAUCAAAUGGCCCAGUCAGAAGACUCACCGGUUGCAAUGAAACUCAAGAAAAUAUGUCUAAAGACGCCAAUCGGGGAAGAACAAGCAGCACAGGCAGUUCUAGACCCCGCGAUAGGUAACUUCGACGUCGGAAAUGAACCGUCAAUGGAGGAGGAAUCUAGCGAGCUGCCAGGCACAGACGGCCUGGCACCCAAGCAGCGACACCAAGCCAAGCACCGAGAGCUGUUCCUCUCGCGGCACGUGGAGACGCUGCCCGCCACGCACAUCCGCGGCAAGUGCACUGUCACGCUACUCAACGAGACAGAGUCGCUGCUCAGCUAUCUGAAUAAGGAUGACGCAUUUUUUUAUUGUUUAGUAUUUGAUCCUUCACAAAAGACUUUAUUAGCAGAUAAGGGAGAAAUCCGAGUUGGAAGUAGAUAUCAGACUGAUGUAACUAAUUUAUUAAAAGAAGGCGAACUCGACGGGCGCGCGAGCUCGGAGCUGGAGACGCUGGUGUGGACGCCGGAGCACGGGCUGACGGACCGGCAGAUCGACCAGUUCCUCGUGGUGUCGCGCUCGGUGGGCACGUUCGCGCGCGCGCUCGACUGCUCCUCCAGCGUCAAGCAGCCCUCGCUACACAUGUCCGCCGCCGCCGCCUCCCGUGACAUCACACUGUUCCACGCAAUGGACACACUACACAAGUCUGGCUACAGCAUAGAGUCCGCCCUGUCGUCGCUGGUGCCCGCGUCGGGCCCCGUGCUCUGCCGCGACGAGAUGGAGGAGUGGUCCGCCGCCGAGGCCAACCUCUUCGAGGAGGCGCUCGACAAGUAUGGCAAGGACUUUGCCGACAUCAGGCACGACUUUUUGCCUUGGAAAACGUUGAAGAACCUCGUCGAAUACUACUACAUGUGGAAGACGACGGACCGCUACGUGCAGCAGAAGCGCGUGAAGGCCGUGGAGGCGGAGUCCAAGCUCAAGCAAGUCUACAUUCCCAACUACAACAAACCGAACCCGGCGCUGGUGAGCAACUCGGGCAGCAAGCCGGGCACCGUGCUGAACGGCGGCACCAACGGCACCGCCGCGAUGCAGCCGCCCGCCAUGCUCUGCGCCUCCUGCCAAGUAACGAAUUCAAACCAGUGGUACACGUGGGGACCGCAGCAUUUACAGUACAGACUGUGCGGCACGUGUUGGCAGUACUGGAAAAAGUAUGGAGGACUUAAGACGGCGGGAGUGUUCGGCGAGACGGAGGUGGAAGCGGGCAAGGGCGCCCGCGCCGAGGGCGAGGACGCCGCGCUGUCCGUCUCGCACCGCCCGCAUCGCUGCACCGUCCUCAACUGCUCCAAGGAGUUCAAGCUGCGCGCACACCUGGCGCGGCACCUGGCGACGGCGCACGGGCUGGGCGCGGGCGACGGCGCGCGGCCGGUGAUGAAGACGCGCGCCGCCUUCUACCUGCGCGCCUCGCCCUUCACGCGCCUCGCCCGCCGCCUGGCGCGCGCGCUGCGCCGCCCCCGCCACCACGCGCGCGCGCCCUUCGCGCCCAUCAACCUGCAGCAGGUCAAGCACGAGUGUUCAGUAGCGAUGGCGGGGCUGGGCCCGGCGGAGCUGCGCUCGGGCGGCGCGGCGGGCGGCGCGGCGCGCGCGCGCGGGCCGGUGGGCGCGGUGGCGGCGCGGCUGGGCGCGGCGCUGGGCGGCCCGCAGCCCGCCCGAGGCCACGACUGGCUGCGCCUCACGCCCAAAGACUGCCUGCCCAAGCCGCCGCACGUCGCCUUCCCCAAGCCGCCCAAGGCGCCCGACGGCAGUCUGAUGUACGAGCGCGUGCUGUCGCGCGCCGAGAAGGAGGCGCGGCGCGCGUCGCCCGCGCCCGCCGCGCCCGCGCCCGCGCCGCCGCCGCAGCCGCUCAAGCGCCGCGCCUACGACGACAUCAACGGACUCGACAGAGCCGGGCUGGAGCGGUCAGGCGGAGCGGCCCCGCCGCCGGCCAAGCGGCCCAACAAGCACCCCGCGCCCAUGCAGCGGCCCUCGCGCGAGCAGUACGCCGCCAUGUGCGCCCGCGCGCAGGCCACCGGCCAGCCGCUGCCCGCGCACGUCUUCACGCACGUGAACGGCAAGCCGACCAAUUUGACAGGACGUGGCGGACGGCGUCACGUUAUCUCAUGGAUGGACGCACCGGACGAUCUUUACUUUAGGGCUACAGAGGCGGCCAAAUCCGCGCGCCGGAGCCUGAGCUGCGGCGAGCUGCGCCGCGGCGCGCGCGCGCCCUGGCGAGCCGUGCGCGGCGCGGGCGCGGGCGCGGGCGCGGCGCCCGGCAAGGCGGCGGGCGCGGCGCCGCCGUGCCAGCUGGUCAUCCUGGACUGACAGGAGCCUGCGCGCCCGCCGCCCCCGCCCCACCCCUACACCAUGGAGGCGCUGCUCGGCUGAAGCCCCGUGUAUAUUCCCGUUGUAAAUACUACCGCGCCGAGGGCUGUACAUAGCGAGGCCGAGGCCCGCCGCCGCCGGCCCGGCCCGGGCGCGCCCCCCGGACGAAGAUUGUAUUUUUGGUAAACGAAUCGCCGCGAACGGAUUCUGUAGAUAAUAUUUUAAACUAUAUUGUUCUUAUGCGGUUUGAUCUGGAGUCGAGCAAAAUGAUGUAUUUGAUACAUAAAAUGAUAUGUAAGUCUAUUUCAUUCGGAGAUUCAUUGUAGGAUAAUUUACAAUUUUUUUCAUAAAUAAAGCACAAAUCGAGAUA